CAUCCCUAAAGUCACACGUCUCCGGUCUGCUCGGUGUCAGACUUUAGUGCAGUGUUUGGGAUUCAUUGCGUCUCUUUGCAGGAGAAUUGGUGGACUUGAAUGCUUUGAUCGUCUGCAGGCUUUGUCGGAUCAUGGCUACCCACGAAUUUUUUGUUGAUAUGACAUGCGAGGGAUGUUCAGGUGCAGUCACUCGAGUCCUUAAAAAAAUAGAUGUCAAGUUUGACAUUGACCUUCCUAACAAGAAGGUGUUCAUUGAGUCCGACAAAGAUAAAGAUGUCCUUCUGGAGACGCUGAAAAAGACGGGGAAAACGGUCACCUACAUCGGCACAAAAUAGACAAGAUCGAAAACCUACAGAUCUGUCUGUUUUGAAGACCACGAAGGUCAUGGCCAUCUGUGAGUUCGUACACUUCAAGAAUGAAGGUGUGACUUUGGGGACCAGUGGAAGGAGCGUCUUAAACCUGUCCAGCUGUGUACCAUGAAAAUAAAGUCAAAUGCUAAUCGAUGUAAUGAAAUAUUAGUAUCUAAUGCUUAGAUGAAUAUAUACAAAUAUAUAUGAGUUUUGUAGUUGCAUUAAAACAGCUUAUUAAAUAGACAUACACUGCUGCUUAAUUGUCUAAUCAUGACCCUGUUUACAUACACGCCUGCAGAAAUAAACACUGUUGUCAUGCCCUG